CAACCCAAGACCAAGAUGGAAUUUCGAUUGGGGUUCAGGAUCACGCUCGUCUUGGUCAUCCUGGCCGCGACUCUUUCUGGAGAGGGAGUGGAAGCCCAGAGGGCAGGGUGCAAAAAUGUCCACUACGACCUGGCAUUCAUCCUGGAUACCUCAUCCAGUGUGGGCAAGGAGAACUUUGAGAAGAUCAGGCAAUGGGUGGCCAACCUGGUCGAGUCUUUUGACGUAGCUCCGGAUAAGACCAGAGUGGCCGUGGUUCGCUACAGCGACCGGCCCACCACCGAGUUCCACCUGGGGAGAUACAGGACCCUGGAGGAGGUGAAGCAAGCCGCCAGGAACAUACGCUACCUGGGGGGGAAUACAAUGACGGGGGAUGCUAUCAGUUACACCACCAACAACAUCUUUUUGGAGCAAAACGGAGCGAGGCCCGCGGCCAGGGGGAUCCAGAAGGUGGCCAUUUUGCUCACAGACGGCCGAAGUCAGGAUUACGUUCUGGAGCCGUCCAGGGCGGCCGCCAGGGCUGGCGUCAGGAUGUUCGCGGUGGGCAUCGGCGAGGCACUGAAGGUGGAGCUGGAGGAGAUUGCGGCGGAACCGAAGAAUGCCCACGUCUUCCACGUGACCGACUUCAACGCCAUCGAUAAGAUCAGGGGCCGGCUCAGGAGGAGGCUGUGCGAAAAUGUACUUUGUCCAAACAUGAAGGUGCAGCCUGAUCGCUUUAAACACAACAGCAGCAGUUAUGGCCUUCAACAGGUUCCAGGCUUUGACCUGAUGGAGUACUUCAGCGUCAGAGAUAUUCUGGGCACCAAACUGGACGAGGGUCAGAGUGCGUACGUGCGUCUUGGCACCAUGCCCAUCGUCCAGCAGGCCGAAGACGUGUUCCCACAGGGGCUCCCGGAUGAAUACGCCUUUGUGACGACAUUUAAAUUCAGGAAAACCUCAAGGCGGGAGGAUUGGUACCUCUGGCAGGUCUUUGACAAAUAUGGAAUCCCGCAGGUGUCGAUCAGGCUGGAUGGCGAGAACAAGGCGGUGGAGUACAACGCCGUCGGGCUGACCAAGGACGCCGUCCGAGCCGUGUUCAAAAACCCCGAAGUGGACAACCUGUUCGACCGCAACUGGCACAAGAUCGCGCUGAGCGUGGAGGCCAAGGCCGUCUCCCUCUACCUGGACUGCAGACACAUCCAGACGCUGCCCAUCGGCGACAGAGAGGACAUCGACAUCCAAGGGAAGACGGUCAUCGGGAAGCGGCUGUACGACAGUGUCCCCAUUGAUUUCGACCUCCAGAGGAUGGUCAUUUACUGCGACUCCAAGCACGCCGAGCUGGAAACCUGCUGCGAUUUACCCAACGGACCCUGCCCUAAGAAGGUGGUGACUGAGGCUCCGCCCAUGGCCAUCCCCACUCCGACACCCACCACAGUGGAGCAGCAGAGGGGCCCCCAGGCCAACUGCUCCUGCCCUGCUGGAGACAAGGGAGAGGCCGGCGCGCCGGGCCGUGCGGGUCUCAGGGGUGAAAAGGGCGACGCCGGCCCUCGAGGUGCCACCGGUCUGUCGGGCCUCAGAGGAGAAAAAGGAGAAAGUGGCAAAAUCAUCUCUGUCAGAGGUGAUAGGGGUGAGAAGGGUGAUAGAGGCAGCAUAGGUGCCCCCGGGAAAAAAGGAGAGAAGGGAGGCAGCGGUUAUUCCGGUUUUGAUGGUCUCCCUGGAGACAAAGGCGACAAAGGAGAGGCUGGGCGGACUGGGAAUCCAGGACUUCCUGGUCUGGUUGGGGAAAAGGGCGUUCAAGGCGAUGCCGGCUACCCGGGAACACCGGGACCAAAAGGGGUAUCUGGUGACGAGGGGAAAAAAGGUGAAAAAGGAUCAACAGGAUCAAGCGGCGAGCGCGGUUUGGAUGGUUUACCUGGGAAACCUGGCAUUCAUGGCAAAGAUGGCUUAAGGGGACAGGCUGGCUUGCCCGGGGCUAGCGGGGUCAAAGGUGAUAAGGGGGAGCAAGGAAUUCCCGGAUUGCCUGGUGAUAUGUUUCAUGAAGAGGGCGUAAGGGGAGAAAAGGGAGAGAUUGGCUUUCCGGGACCUCCAGGGGCCGAUGGCCCACCCGGCCCAAAGGGGCUUCCCGGGCAACAGGGAAUACCAGGGGAGCCUGGGGAGUUUGGUCAAAGGGGAAAGAAAGGUGAAAGUGGAUUGCCUGGAGUGAACGGACUCCCUGGACCCAUCGGUCCGCAGGGUCCACCCGGACCACCAGGCAACAAUGGCAACACUGGACCACCUGGCCUGCCAGGUGAAAUUGGAUUUUCCGGCAAACCUGGCGAGCCUGGAAAGCCCGGUCUUCCCGGUAAAGACGGGCUGGACGGUCUUCCUGGAAAUGAAGGCGCUAUGGGGCCCAGAGGAGAACGUGGAGCAGAUGGUUUUCCUGGCAAAGCCGGACCAAAGGGAGAUGAAGGGCCUCCGGGACCAAGAGGACCUCCGGGGGAGAGAGGAUUGGCCGGGCCUCCUGGUGUAGCUGGUGCCGAUGGAGCAAGAGGAGAGAGAGGAAGUCCUGGUGACAGGGGACAAGAGGGAGCAUUGGGUCCAAAAGGCGAAAAGGGUGACAAGGGCGAAGUAGGAGCCAGGGGACUGCCCGGCGUGCCCGGAAAUGUGGCAAGUGUCAUUCCUGAGCCCGGUGAACCAGGAAACCCAGGAGAAAAAGGAGAAAAGGGGGACCAAGGACAAACUGGAGAAAUGGGCCCGAGGGGAUUACCUGGGGAGCAGGGCCUUCAGGGUCCACUUGGACCAGCGGGCCCAAAAGGAGACACAGGACUUCAAGGAGAGGCGGGACGCGUUGGGGACCCCGGUCCUCCUGGCGUGGCUGGUCCUCAAGGGCCUCGCGGGCUCCCGGGCAACGUGGGUAUACCAGGCAUCAUAGGGCCUCCUGGUCCAGCUGGAGAGAGAGGAGACAAGGGAGAGUCAGGCAAACCAGGUCAAGCAGGUCAACGAGGACCGCCCGGAGAGCCCGGUUUGAUUGGACCCCAAGGACCGACAGGGAAAGGAAAAGAUGGACUGACUGGAGAGCCAGGACCACGGGGAAAUGAAGGACCCCCAGGACCAAAGGGUCCCCCGGGAGCAAGAGGAGAGCCUGGCUUACCAGGUGACAGGGGCUCCCCAGGAGAAGGCAAAACCGGACCUCAGGGCCCUCCUGGAAAUAAUGGGAAUCCUGGACUUCCUGGCUUGAGGGGUCUUCCUGGCAUUGCGGGUCCUGAUGGCCCUCCGGGACAUAAUGGACUACCAGGAAGGCCGGGAGAGAAAGGAUCACCUGGAGAGCCUGGAAAAGCAGCAGACCUUUCUGAUUUAAAACUGAAGGACAUCUGCUCUGACUGCCCAGCGGGUCCGCCGGGUCCACCCGGUCUCCCGGGACUGCCAGGUGACAAAGGACAAAACGGACCUCCUGGGAAAGAUGGUCAAGAUGGCUACCAAGGUCCACCAGGACUACCGGGACCUCAAGGACCGCCCGGAGCUGACGGUGAAAAGGGACUUAAAGGUGACCGGGGAACGUCUGGAAUGCCAGGAGAUAAAGGAGAAAAGGGUCACCCUGGGCCUCCAGGCCACCCCGGUCCAGCCGGAAUGAUGGGCACGGCGGGUAAUGACGGACAACCAGGUCCUCCUGGUCCCCAAGGGCCUCCUGGAGAGAAGGGCAAAGAGGGCCUCAAAGGCAUUCAGGGUCCUCCGGGUCUUCCAGGCAUGAUCGGUCCACCUGGAAAAAUUGGAAAAGAUGGCGUACAAGGUGAACAAGGAGAACCCGGCAAACAAGGUGAACCAGGACCACUAGGAAAUCCAGGGGCCCGGGGACUCCCAGGCUUCAAGGGCCACAGAGGAGAGCCCGGUUCUCCCGGGUCAAAGGGAGAAGAUGGAAAGGCCGGAUUACCUGGAAGGGAUGGCAAACCUGGCAAGGAGGGUCCAAAGGGGCCCGCAGGACCAGAGGGACUCGUCGGACCGAGAGGAGAGCCGGGCAAGCAGGGUGAACCGGGGCCAUCGGGCAAAGCGGGUCUCCCGGGAACUCCAGGCAUCCGAGGGGAAAGAGGUGAGCCUGGCAGUCCUGGAUUACCAGGCUUCAGUGGACCUAAAGGGCCUUCAGGUCCACCUGGUCCAAUUGGUCCAGAAGGGAAACAGGGUAUACCAGGCCGAAUGGGUGACCGUGGCCUUAAGGGGGAAAAGGGAGACUCAGGAAAAAAAGGAGAUAAAGGACAAUCGGGAGAACCAGGUAUGCCAGGAAACACAGGACCACCCGGCAGAAAGGGCCACACUGGGAUGAUGGGCAUGUCAGGACCACCUGGUGAAAUGGGAUCUCCCGGCCCGCAAGGACCUUCUGGGAACCCUGGAUUGCCAGGCCCGAGGGGGGAGUCUGCAUCACUGGAGCAGAUGAGAAGGCUUAUUCAGGAGGAAUUGGCCAAGCAACUGGACGCCAAAUUGGCCUACCUUAUGGCUCAGAUGCAACCGGCCCACGUGAAGAGUUCGGCGGGACGCCCAGGACCGCCCGGCAAUCCAGGUAAAGACGGCAACCCUGGACGGCCUGGCCCACCUGGUGAACCGGGAAUGCCUGGGCAGAAUGGAGGCGAGGGCGUGAGGGGACCCAUGGGCCCAAAAGGUGAAAAGGGUACUAAAGGAGACAAGGGAGAUUCCGGGGUUGGUGAAAGAGGAGAGCAAGGCCCUCCUGGCGCAAUAGGUCCAGCUGGUAUGCCUGGUUACGGUAAAGACGGAAGCCCAGGACAAGCCGGAGCCCAAGGAGAGCCAGGAAAUCCAGGCCCCCACGGUCAGCCCGGCCCUCCGGGGCCUACUGGCCAGUGCGACCCCUCUCAGUGCGCCUACUACGCCAGCCUUGCGAACAGACCUCACACCAAAAAUGUCAAGGGGACUUAAAAUUUCAAAACACCACGAGCUUGAAGUACAGCUGUAUUUAUGAACAUUGUAGUGUCUGAAUCAAGAACAUUUUGGGAAAGAAAUAACCUCACUUUUGGAGGACUGAAGCAAUAAGUGUCGAU